UUUAUUGCCAUUUUUCAAAGCAAGUCGUUAGAAUUUUAUAGCUAUUUGAAGUAAAAUAUUUUGCGUACAUAUUUUCAUUUAAAAAAUGUUCUUAUUGCCAGAGGAAGUGUUAAAUAAUUUACUAUGUUCGGUUUGUUUCAAGUAUUUAUCCGUUAAACCGGUCAAAGUCUACAUAAAUCGAAGUAUUAAGUGUGGCCGAUGUUCCGACGACAAAGAUGAUGGAAUCGUAUCAAUGUACGAAACUAUUGCAGAAAAUAAACUUUUUCCUUGUGUUAAUAGAUAUGAAGGAUGCACGCAACUUUUAGCUUUUUCCGGUGUCUCAGCUCACGAAAAGGAAUGUGUUUCAAAUUAUUAUGCUUGUCCAAUAUGCUCAGUAGAGUUUACUUCAUUUCUCUUGGUUCAACAUUAUAAAAGGGAUCAUUCUAGUGCAAUUCUAGAGAAACCAGAAAUAGUCUUCGCCAAAGAAAAAGAAUGUGAAAAUUAUUAUAUGUACAUAGAAAAUAAUUUUGUUUACAUUUUAUACAUCAGAUGUAAUAUAGCAGAUCAGUGUUUUUAUCUCAAUGCUGCAUGUCUAGGUUCUCCUGCAAGAGUGGAGAAAAUCGAACAAUGUGUCAAGUGUUACUUGGGUGAUGUGAAAGAUUGCGGUAAAUUAUUUUUACAAACGAAAAAACAAAACUGCACGCUCGUUGAGAAUAAUUCGGAAUCUUUUAAAAUUCCUUUUCCUAAAAAUACGAAUUCGGUCACAAUGUGUUUUUAUUUUGACAAUUCUGCCGAUUGUUAUUUUAAUUAUAUAAAUAAAACAAUCAGUUCUACAACAAGUACAAGUGAAACUGUUGGUUUGCUGGAUAAUGAACCUAUAUUAAGUUCGGAAUAUCAAAAAGAGCAUAUUGGUAAUUUUUUAAUUUUUUCUUGUACAAAAAUUUAUAUAAAAAGAAAAGAAAUUGCUUUUUGUAACAUUUCUACUUCUAAACUGAAAGUAACCACCAAAGAUAUUAUGGUGUUACCGAAAAUUUGUCACUUUUGUGAAAAUAUUUUUCCAAUUUCUAAUUCCAUUACAUUAUAUAAGUCUCCAAAAAACAAGUUCUUUUGCCACAUUUGUUAUGCCUUGAACCCAACAAAAUUAAAUCAUGCCGAUUUGGAGGCGUCAAUGUUUAAUUCACUAUGUUUUUACUGUAAAUGGAACUGUGGUAGUUUUUUUCAUGCUACAGAUUUAAGAAACCACGAAUAUAGUUGCAAAGAAAAUAUUCAGGAUCCACAUUCAUCCACAUUAACAUCAAAAUAUUUAAAUGUUUACUCAAAUAAUAGAAACACUUAUUCUAUUUCAAGAACGAAUGUAUUUUCCUUUAAAGAACACGAUUUUAAAAAUGGAGAAAAAAUAUUUGUAAUCAUUCAAGAUUAUUUUAAAUUUGUAUUACAUUCUAGUUAUGGGGAUGGCGUAUAUCAAUUUUGGGUAACUCAUGAUUACCCCAAAGAUACAUAUUAUGUUUUGUUUAAAGUUAUUUCUAAUUGUUCUAAUAAUAUUUCCUUUUUUUUUGAGAAAUGUUUGAUUAAAAAUAGUAACUCAUAUUUUGCUGUUGUAUUGAAGAAAAAAAAUGUCAGUUUAACAGUUUAUAAUUAUUUCGCUGAUUGAGUUUAUUUAUAUUUCUUUUGUAAAAAAAUGUUUAGGGUACAACAAACAUUGUUAUUUUUGUAGUUAUGUCUGACACGAUACUGAUAAGUUGAUAACUUAUUUAUACUUUUUUUAAAACUUGUUUAUUUUCUAAUAGAUUUCAUAUGGUACUCCCCAAUUUUUACUUCAUAAAAGUUUUGAUUUAUUAUAUUAACGUUGAAGAUACGAGCCCCUUCCCAUUUCAGUUGGCCCACCUAUUAAUAUUUUCAUUAUAUAACGACAAUAAGAAAGUAUUAAAGAUUACAUGCUUUUUUAAAUCAUAAAUUAAUUAACAAUGCAUUAAUUUAGAAUUUAGAACUAGAAAACAUCAAUUUUUUAUUUAUUUUUAAAUUUAUUAACACAUGGAGCAUUAUUGCAUUAUAGCCCAAGAGCCCACUGCAAGUUUUUACCGUCAUCUGAUAACGUAAUGAAAUAUGCCGUAAAAGCAUGGAAAAAUAGUGUACUUUACCAAAUGGCACCUGUGCCAAUCCCAAUCCUGAGCACAGUGGCUUUAAAAAAAAUUUUAUAUUAAAAAAAUCACAUAAGGAAUGACCGCGCUAAUUUUGUUUGCCCUUAAAGUUUUCCAGAAAAUAACAUUCAAAUAAUAAUAAUAGCCGUCCCUUUCCCCGGACAAGCUCAGCUUUUGGGGUUAAAAUUCACUCGUAAGGGGGUGAAUUAGGGAGAGUAUUAUUAUUAUUAUUAUUAUUAUUAUUAUUAUAUCGUUAAAGGGAAACAUUUUCUUCCUCUCAACAUCGCACAAAAACAUCUAUCCACGAUUAGUAGGUAAAAAUCAUUAAAAAUAUGAAUCAAUUUUUGCUGAUUUAAAAAUUUAUUUGUAUGCCUAUUGUUGUGAUUCAUUUUUACAGGUUGCCAUAGAAACGACAAAAAACUAUUAUGAUUAUGGUUUAAAAUAAUUGUCUAACAAGAGUUUAUAAUUAUUAUUGACUAUCUCUGCAAAUGGUUUAUACAAUGCCAUCCUUCUUCCUUUCACACAUAAACAUGGUUUAAAAGGUAGGUAAAACUAUUAAUAAUUUAGGUUUAAAAGCUAGGUACACAAUGAAUUAAGAUUGUAAUUUUCAGGGAAAAUACAAUUGUCGCUGUCAUGUGUUAUGUGAUUUAUUGAAUAUAAAAUAAUUUUUUUAACCACUUUGCUCAGGAUAGGGAUUGGCACAGGUGCAAUUUGGUAAAGUACAAUGUUGUUACAUGCCUUUGGAGCAUAUUUCAUUUCGUUAUCAGAUGACGGUCGAAAUUUGCAGUGGGCUCUCAUACUAUUAUUUCAACUUGAAUUCAAUGCGUUAGAAAAUAAACCAAAAUCGAAGGUAGCUUUGAAAAAAUAACAAAAAAUAAUGCAAAUAACUGUCACAAGACAAUUUAACCCACAUACUUUGAUUACUAUACGGGGCAAGAGAGAGGUCCGACACGCCCAACAUAGGGCGCGGCCAUUUUGAACCCUAUGACACAGUUUAUAGCUAAAGAAUCAGAUCGCUCACUCUGCGUCGGCACUUUUUAUCUCAAUGUUCCAGUUUAUACACUGCGCAACUCGGAUAAUACAAUAUAUGACAACCGCCUAUAAUACAAGUAUUACAAAUUAAAAAUUUAAAAAAACCGACUUCAAAAACGUGCGGAUGCCACAUCUUAAUCAAAUUUAUAUGGGACCACCCCUGAGGUACCCCCUUACUAACAAAAAAAGAAUCGUAUAAAUCGGACAAGGUGGUAAAGCAUUAUCGCUAAACAUACAUAAAAAAUAAAGAGUUUGAAGAUUUUCUCAUGGAUCCAAUUAUUAGAUUUUGACAAAAUUUAUAUGGGACCACCCCUAUAGUAGCCCCUUUCUAACAAAAAAAGAAUUAUUGAAAUCGGACACCGUGUUAAAAAAAUAUCGCUGAACAUACAUAAAAAAUGAAGAGUUUGAGAAUUUUCUCAUGGACCCAAUUAUUAGAUUUUGACUAAAUUUAUAUGGGACCACCCCUGAACUACCCCCUUUCUAACAAAAAAAGAAUCAUUGAAAUCGGACACCGUGUUAAAGAAUAAUCGCUGAACAUACAUAAAAAAAAAAAUAUCGCGACGAAUUGAUAACCUCCUCCUUUUUUGAAGUCGGUUAAAAACAGCAGUCUUCUGCGUAUCCUGAAUUUGUAUCCCUGGAGUGGAUGUUAUUUUGGAACUUUCAACUGGUCCGAGUGAGCUAACUGAUUCUUUAGCAAUAAACUGUGACUCCAAAAAUAAUAUUCACUGACACUGACAGCAGCAAGCAAAAUAUCAGGUGCGUUUUAAUCAUCCGCUUCUGUUUCCGGAAUUGUCGAUUCAGUCGUUCUAACCAGUCAGAUUAAAACAAGAAAACCGACAAUUCCGAAGCAGAAGCGGAUGAUUAAAACGCACCUUUAAAAAUAUUGCGCCAAGAUGUAGGCAACACGUAAUAAGGGUUCAAAAUGGCGGAGUUUUCUAUCUCCUUUUAAAAGGCACUCAGAAAGCUGCGCAGUGCGACCAUUCUCCGUAUAGUAAAAGAAAAUCAAAGUAUGUGAUUUAACCUCUUUUAAGCUAAUUCUCAGAGAUAAGGGAGAUAAAGAUAGGAAACGCCCAUAAGAAGCCAAUGCUAAACAACGACCAGCUUUAUCGCAGUUAACAUCUGACCCACUAUGUGGCGCUUUCAUCGAUAUCAAACAACACAGCGGGAAAUUCAAAAACCUGAUAAUAAAGGUUGCAUAAAUAUCGAUUGCACUCUCAUGUUCUUGUAAAUAAACUUAAACAAUGUAAUUACAUUAAAUUAUUUAUUAAAAAGAAUGCUACACUUACAGUCUAUUAUCGAUUAAUUAUUGUAAAUCUAUAUUCAUGACAAAUAUUUUUAAAUUUUUGAUUGUUAUUUGUAACACUGCAUUUUUGUUCUUAUUUUGGUAUCUUAUUUAUAAAGGUUGAGUGCAAAUUCAAUAAUGGGAAUUCAGAUAUUUUUCUUCCUAUAUCAAAUCUUUCUAACGUUAUCAAGCCACAUUGGGGUUGUUAAAUUUGUUCAUGUGGCAUGUGUUACUAAUGCAAUACGUUCUCCGACUUAUUGUAAUAUUACAAAAUAUAAUUACUGUCCUUAAAGUUCACAUAAAAACAGCCACAACUAUUUCGCUUAGUUCAUCUAGAGGAUAACACAAUCAUGAACUCAAAAUUUUAAAUUUAAAUUCAGGAUUCUUCGAUAUACAUAAAACUGACAUUUAUUUUUACAAAAUGUCCACUGUUGUCCACGUCUAUUGUCUGUCUCAGUGUUGCCAACCGUACGAUUUAAAUCGUAUUUACGAUUUUUUAACUCUAUGUACUGUCUCUGUACAAUGGCGAUGUACGAUUGCAUCAGUGAGAUCGUAUGUAAAAAUACGAUCUUCACUUUUUUAGUAGGUUUAUUUAAAUAUCUGUAACAACUUCAGAACAUAAAACAAUAAAAAUCAAAAUUUACUUGCAAAGAUUCAUAGGCCGUUCGUAAUUUCUUAUCGAGAUUUUGACCAUGGUAAUUUUGUACACCGACUAUCACGGCAUAAGAAAAGCUUGCAUUCAAAAUUUUAAUCAGUUUCAAGUGAUUGUCAUUGAUUACUUAUGUUAAUUUAAAGUUUCAUGUAUUUUCUUUAGUUUUUUUUUGCGUUGUAAACAUAAAUAAAUUAUUAUGCUAGUUUUUUUUUUAUUUUUUCAUUCCAUUUAAAUUAUAUUAUGCUAUGCAUGUAUUUAAUGUACAAUUUUUUUGUCGAAAUACUAUUUUUCUACUCGUACGAUCUCUCAAAAAAAAUAUUUGACAACACUGGUCUCUCUACAAAUGACGUAGAUCUGUAGUUAACAUCUGAUAUGCUAGAUGGCGCCAUCGUUGCUGGGGUCGUUACAUUUCCAAUCUUUAUGUCCCUAAUCUCUGCUAAUUCUGUCUAAUAAAAUGGGUAGAGGAAAAAUCAUUGACGAAAAAAUACGUUUUCUUGUUAUAAAACAUUGCAAUUCUAGAAAAUCGAACUCGGAAAUUGCAAAUAUAUUAGAUUUAUCACGAUAUAGUGUAAGAAAUAUAGUUAGAAGAUACAAAACUACUGGUUCAAUCAGCCCAAAGCCCCGUCAUGUUAGAAAAAGCAAGAUUACAAAUGCCGAUAGACGAGCAUUGAGAAGAAUUAUUGAAACUAACCGUCGUGCUAAUUACCUUGAAUUAGGUGCUCAGUGGAGUGAUGCUGUUGGAAGACGAAUUUCGAGAUCUUCAUGUCAUAGAGAAGCUCGCAAAUUGGGAUUUGGGACCUACAAAGUUAAAGAAAAACCACUACUAACUGUGAAACAGAAAAAAAUCGAUUAAGAUGGUCAAAAGAACAUAUGAGUUGGACUUCUCAUCAAUGGGAUGCAAUACAAUGGAGUGACGAGACCCGAUUCGAAGUUUGUGUUGGAGAUAGCAGAAGUCGAGUUAUUCGCAAAAAACAUGAAGCGUUCUAUCCAGACUGUCUCAAAAGAAAAGUAAAAUUUCCCGCAUCGGUCAUGGUCUGGGGCAGCAUGUCAUCUAAAGGAAUAGGGAAAUUGCAUUUUAUUGAAGGAAUUGUAAAUACAAAUAAAAAUUUGGACAUUUUGGAGGAAUCACUUUUACCGACUAUGGAAUUAUAUUUGACAUCAGGGAAAGAUUUUGUAUUUCAACAGGAUGGAGCAGGGUGUCACACGUCAAAAAAAGCUCUAAAAUGGAUGGAAGACUUCGGUGUUCCACUUUUGGAAUGGGUUUCUAGUAGUCCUGAUUUAUCACCAAUAGAAACAUUGUGGCAUGAGAUGAAAAAGGUACUUCGAAAACAUCCUGCAAGAACAAUACCUGAACUUAAACAAAAACUUCAAGAUAUAUGGGAUUCAUUUACACCAGAAUUUUGCCAAGGCUUAGUUAAUAACAUGCCGCAAAGAAUUUCAGCUGUAAUAAAAAAUAAAGGUGACGUUACUCAAUGGUAAACUUUAAAAUUGAUUAACGUUUGAUUCCAACUAAUUGUUUAUUUUUUUUUAAAUUUUAUAUUAAAUAAAUAUUUUAAUGUUUUCUACAUAUUUUUUAUGAUUAAACGAUAUUAAAUAUAUUUUUCAAUGAAUAAAAAUUGGAAAGUUCAUGCAAUAUUUAUAUUUUUAAUCUUUAAAUACGAAUUUCCUAAAUUUCAAUAGGUGGGCCAACUGAAAUGGGAAGGGGCUCGUAUAUUUAUUUUAACACCAAAACAUUAUUGAGUUAUGAGUGAAUAUUAUUCAAAUAAAUGUUCAAUUAUGAAUACAAC